UGGUACAAGGACAGCCACACCUUUACAAACCAAAGGGCAGUGACAAGAGACGCAACUCAAAUCAAAGUGUUCUCUUAGUGACACCAGAUCUCACAAAACAACAUCUCACGUGACCAUGAUGAGCAAGCAAAUGUGAGACAAUAUGGGCAGUGUGUGUUCUAAGAUCUGCCAAAAUGAUGUUGAUGAUGAUGGUGAUCCAGUGUGUAAACCCAGUGAUGCAAAGAAGAAUAAUAGGAGCACAGCAGUGGAGGGAACCACAAACAAAGGUGCAUCAGAUUUGGAUGAAAACAAGGAAAGAACUGAUGCCGACACAGAACUACGUGUUCCCAAAAACACAGACGAUGAGAGUACAGCAGAGAAAGGAGAGCAAAUCAACUCUGAUGACAAAGCUCAGAAUGAGACAGAUACAGAAACGUCUUCUGUAUCAGCCAGCGCUGUGAAUGGAAGUAUUGCCAGUGGCUGUCAGUUUAAGGAUGUUAAGGCUGAGGAUAUAACUUACAAUGUUGAAAAUGAAACAAGAGUCCACACACAUGCUCAGUCUUCUGCCACCAGUGAUAAGAAAAAAGAAAAACCCACAGCUCCCACUCAGACCGCCAAAGCAGACAACGGAGGCAUUGUCUGCUCAUCUCAGUUUAAUGAUGUUGAAGCAGAGGAUAUAAUUUUCUCUAUCAAAAACAAAAAAAUAGAGCACGCACAUGCUCCCUCUCCUGACACCAGUGAUGAGACAAAUGACAAACCCAAAGGUCAGACUCAGACAGAAACACAAAACUUGACAGGCAGCAGUGUCCAGAACAGAAGAGCUGUCAGCGUCCCUCAGUUUAGGAAUGAUCCUGCUCAGGGAGGUAAAAUCUACAAUAUCAACCAGUGCACAAGGCAAAUAAAACUAACACACACUUAUACUACUGCUGCUCAGUGACGUGCAAUCAGAGGAGGCAGGGAAGGCAGAGCCUCCCUUGUCAAUCUUGAAAAGAAAAAAAACUUGACUAUAAAAUAUAAUAAAUGUUGAUAGUUGUCAGCUGAUAUGUCCUAUAAACUCA